GUAAUGCAGAUAACGACAGCGGUAUGUCGUCGGGUGAGAACGACGAUUCUGCGAGGUAUAGUUAUAAGAAAAAUGUUAGUGUUAAUGUAGUGGAAGGUGAAGAUGUUAUAAAGUGCCUAACUAAUGAAAAUCAAAGUGCUGUGCAUUGGAAUGAGAUUCCAAGUUGUUCUAAAUUUAAUCAUGAUACUGUUAUGGCGCCAAAUUCGUUCCGAUCUCAUAAAGACGAGUUGACAGAUGUGCUCAGUGACAGAAGCGAUCGAUUGAUCGAUUCCGAUUUUAUUGUGAUAAACCUGUCGUGUGACGUCAAAAAUGUUUGUGAUUCCAGAAUGAAAGAAUCGGCAGUUGGUACAAAUGUUUAUAAUAUUGAUUGUGAUAACCCGAGCAUUCUUAGCGUAGGUGCGAGCCAAAGUUUAGUUCCUGUUACGAACAACGAAAUCGUCAGAUCUGAGAAUCAGAAGUUGGUGAGUUUAUCCCUAUCGAUACUCCUAGCCGCGCUGCUCGAAGCAAUGCGGUGUUUCGCCCAGUUCUUAGAGGACAUCGUUACCCCACAAAAAUUAUGAAAAAUUGUGUCCAAAAAUAUUUUUGUGCAGUAUUGUAUUCGCUAGUUAUACGUUAUACGAAUUAUUAAUUAUUACUAUUAUUA